ACAUCCCGUGCGUGUGUGGAUAGGAGUCAAUUUCUUUCCUUCCUGUGCCUGCGUGGAAUGGAUUGGAAUCAAUUGAUUCCUUCCUGUACGUGUGUUCUGGCCAUGGUUACCGAUGAUGCCGCGUGCAGUGCGUUCCGCCUUGCGCCCCGUGGGCUGCCUCCGCCCGGGUUGCCGCGUGCCGGUCGAUGAUCACCGCCGCGUUGCCGCGACACAUCGCGUUUGCUCCCGUCCUGUGCCGGCCGGGGGCCAUCUCCAUCGCGCUGCAGGGAGUGGGCCGUGCUACAGCGCGCGCUCCGGCCGAUUGCCACCUGUGCCAUCGGCUUGGGAGCCGCGUCCGAGGGAGGGCUGCGCGCCGCGCCGUGGUCGUGCUCCGCCUGAGGGAGGAGCGCCGCAUCGGAUGCUGCUUCGGAGAGGUGGAGGACGCCGUCCUCGCCAAACGUCGAGAAGCAUGUCUAUUGAUUCCUGCCAUGGAAGGGUUGCGGUUGAUCGAAUCGGCAGCGACUGAAAUUCUCCUAUGCUGAAGCCGUGCGCGCUGGAUGGAGUCGACAUCGCGAGUACAGGGGCAGACGUUGGCGCCGCCGUGACUAAUGUCGCCAUCCGCGCCAAGACUCAAUGCUGCAGUCCGCCGCGCGAGAUAAGGCCGGCAGCGCUGGGAAUCGCGCGAGGCGUCGAGGAGGUCUGGCCUAAUCGCUCUGUUAGGGCAAGGUGCUGACAACGUGUAAAGAUGAAAAGAGAGAGCAGAGACGAAAAUCCAAAUCUGAGCCCGAGCUCAUCUGUACCUGCGCUCACUAAAAAAAUCAAAAUAAAUACUAAAAAAAUUAAAAAAAAUCCGAAAAAAAUU